CUACUGUCUGUCUGUGCUUUCUUUCCCGUCUGGGAUAGCUGUGUGAAAAGGCCGUUGCUGACUAAGCCUGCAACCAGAUACAAAUGACCCCGGGACGAUCUGCCUUCACUGCUCGAUCAGCGACGGGAGGCCUACGGAUCGCAACCCACAGCACAACCCCGUCCGCUCACUACGGCUUACACACCAUCCCGUCAGGACGCGGAAAGGGUCAUUGAAAAUCCGACCCCCACCCCACAAACCACGCACCUCGCGCAGAUCACCCUCCUCGCCUGUAAAUUAUGACCGCCCAACUACCCCCCCAUCUCAUCAAGCUCUUCGCCCCGCGGCCACCCUUGCCGUACCUCGAACCGCUCGACCGCGCCCCCGCCGACCGCCGCGGGCCCGUGUUGACUGGGAUCGCGGAGUUUCUGGACAGAUGCAAAGGGCAUGAUGUGGAUUAUGUGCCGAGUGAGAGUGUUGCGGAGAAGAAGAAGCGGAAGAAAGCGGAACGAGAACAGAAAGCGAAAGAGGCUAUUGAUAACGGUCUAACCACCUGGGAUACCGAUCAAGACCCGAAUGUGGCCAGUGAUCCUUACAAGACGUUGUUUGUGGCUCGUUUGUCUUAUCAUACGACUGAAAAAGAGCUGAAACGAGAGUUUGAAAGGUUUGGGCCUAUCAAAUCGCUCCGAAUCGUGCACAACCCCGACACCGAGAAAUCCCGCGGCUACGCCUUCAUCGAAUACGAGCGCGAGAAAGACAUGAAAGCGGCCUACAAAGAAGGCGACGGGCUGAAAAUCAACGACCGCCGCGUGCUCGUCGACGUGGAGCGCGGGCGCACCGUUAAAGGAUGGAGGCCCCGUCGACUCGGUGGCGGGCUCGGAGGGACCCGGUUGGGCGGGAAGGAUGUGAAUCAGAGGUGGAGUGGACGUGAGGGCGGGUACGGGUCGAUGAUGGCGGCGUCGGGUGGGCAGGGGCAUGGCGGUGGAUAUGGGUAUGGAGGAGGAGGUGGCGGUGGCGGGUAUGUUGACGGAGGGUUUAGGGGUGGGCCGCCGACGGGUCGUGGGGGGUAUGGCGGUGGCGGUGAGAGACGGGGCGGGUAUGGCGGUGGGGGCGGGUAUGGAGGUGGAUACGGGGGCCCGCCGAGAGGUGGAGGUGGUGGUUAUGGUGGUGGUGGCUAUGGCGGUGGUGGAGGUGGUUAUGGUGAUCGACCUGCUUCCGGCGGUCGAUAUGGAGGAGGGGGAGGCGGCGAUCGCGACUACUCAGACCGCUCCCACCGCCACCCCGACGUCAAACUCGAGCCCGGCACCUACAACAACGCCAGCAUUCCCAGUGGCGCCCCACUCCCCACCCCCGCAGCUCCCGCCAGCGACUACCGCCGCACCUCCCGCCCGGACUACGACGACAGCCGCUCCUCAGACUACCGCCGCUCGUCGUCCCACCGUGACAAGGACCGUGAUGGGUACAAGGACCGCGACCACCACCGCUCGUCGGAUCGCUCGGAGCGUGAGGGACGCGAGGGGCGUGAGGGGGGGUCUUCUUAUGGUCGGGAAGGAAAGGAGAGGGGACGGGAUCGUGAUCGUGACCGCGACCGCGAUCGGGAGGUGAAGAAGGAGAGGAGGAGUAGAAGUCCGAGACGCGAUAGGGAGUCUUCUGAUCGGUGGGUUUUCGCUCUUUAGUCAGAGUAGUAUGUCAUUACUCCCGCUCAUCUGUUCUUCCCUUGUGUGACCGCAGACGCCGUUAAGAAACCGAGAAA